UCGGCCAGCUCUCCGCCCCUCCCGGCCCAUCCCUCGCCGGGGCCGCCCACAGCAGCGCCGUAGCGGCGUGGUGGUGGAGGAGGAGGCGAGGCGAGGCGGGUGGUAGCCAUGUUGCGCCCCAUGCAGCCCCGCAGCCCCUACUACUUUUUCGUGCGUGACCGGCUCCCCCUGCUGCAGCAGCGCGGCCUGCCCGUGGCCCGAGUGGUCGAUGGCUUUCCCCACCUCACCCAGGAGUGGGCGCUGCUAGCGGAGGAGGAGAGGAUGUUCUAUGCAGAGAAGGCUCAAAAGUGGAAGGAAAAAAAAUCCUUUAAGAAGAAAACAGAGGAGAUCCCUAAUAAUUCAGUACAUGCUCAUGGGACUACAGAGAUGUACAGAAUGACAUCUUUUCUUGAUGCCUCAGCUAUAUCGUGGAUGAGUGAUCAGGCUGUGGUUGCCGACGUCUUCUAUUUCCUGAACAUUUACAGUCACGGCAAGCUGCCGUCCCACUGCGACCAGCGCUUCCUCCCUUGUGAAAUUGGGUGUGUCAGGUACUCCCUGCAGGAAGGCAUAAUGGCUGACUUCCAUCACUUCAUAGAUUCAGAAGUACCACCACGUGGUUUUCGGUACCACUGCCAGGCUGCUAGUGAUGCUACUCAUAAGAUCCCUCUAUCUGGAUUUGGUCUUUCGAGUACUUGCUACCCAGUUGUCAUAUGUGAACUUCUUAAGUUUGCCCAGCCAGCCAGAAAUGUUUGGCCUCGUUUUUACUGUAAGUCUGAUGACAGAUUCCGAAUCAGCUGGUGUCUUGAACGAAUGGCUAGCGUAGCAGGUGUUGACAGCUCUCUGGAGCUUCUUACUGUAGAAGACCUGGUAAUAAAAUUGUACCAGAAGAAAUAUCAAAAGGAGCCAUCCAAGACUUGGGUAUCUAGAGAGCUAGAUGUUGUCCUGUGGGAUUUUUCCAGUAAUACCAGGUGCAAGUGGCACGAAGAGAAUGAUAUACUUUGCUGUGCUUUGGCAUCCUGUAAGAAAAUCGCUUACUGCAUCAGUAAAUCUUUAGCUGGUGUGUAUGGAGUCUCACUGACAGCUGCUCACCUGCCUCUUAAAGACUGCAAUUCCUUGGGAAAUACAAAUCUCAGGCGGGUAAUACUGGAUGCUGGACGUUUUCAGGAAAUGAAGGCUGGGGGUUCUGGAAGUGACAGACACAUCCUUUCUCCAAGUGGAGUUCAAGAACUUGUCCCUUCUGGUUGUGAUUCUCCAUGUGAUGUGAAGACUUCUCCUUAUGGAACAAGUACCAUGCGAGGAAGAGGAGUUACUCGAUUGCUGGAAAGUACACCUGAUCUGAGCAAAUCUUUCAGUAAAUAAAAUCUUUACUUCCACGACAGCCAUACUUCUUUUUUCCCUAAGAUAACCAGCAGUUUCUCCAGACAUGUGGUUUUUCAUCUUAUGUGCAACUGUUGCUCAUUCAAGUUCUUGUUAAAAUGAUAGAACGGUUAUUUACUGGACUUAGAAGGAAGUCUUCAUUAUCUACAGGAAGAUGUUAUGAUUUUGCAUCUUCUCAAAAAAGAAAUGCCAUGAUAGUUCUAUUUCUUAAUGGGUGGAGCACAAAUUCAAGUGACUAGCAACAUCACUGGAUUAGAAAUUCUUUAGUGGCCAGUGCAGCUUUAAACAAGUGUUGCUUUAUUUUCUUCUUUAAUAACCUCCUUCACCUCAUCUGUAUGUGGAAGGUAAAAUUUCAGUGCAUAACUUGUCUCUCCCCAAAUACGAUGGAGAGAGCAGUGGAGGUUUGACAGGACGCACUGGGGAAUGUAAUGUGGCAUGGUCUCAAAGGAUUGCUCAGAACCUGUUUCUUCCACCCAUUGAGAACUCAAGUAGUCGUUCAAUGCAAAAAAAAAAAAAGCAGAUAUUCUGUCAAAAAGUGUGGUGGCUGUUUUAUGGGUCUGUUAGUAUACUUUUGGAGGUGUAAACUAUAUAUCAGGAAUAUGGAUACUGUUUUUUUUUCCCUUUGCAUCAGUGAUUAAAAGAUUAAUGUUCCUUAAAA